GCCUGUGAAACAGCAUACCAAAUAUGAAGAGAAGUGAAGAAUCCUAAUGUGGUUUACAGUGUUUGGCUCUUUGUGCACCAGAGGAAAACCUUUAACCACAAACACAGGAAGUGCUCUUCUAUAAAAAAAUCACCGCAAGGGCUUGAGAGCUUGAGAGUAGGUGUGUUGACAGAAAGCAUGUGGUAAAUGGCAGGGAUGUUUUUGUCAUGAAAGAAUAUAAAUGGCACAAGAGAAGAAGAAGAUUUAUGGUCACAGGAAGUAGAAUAACGGCCCACUCAGCCCAUUAAAUGACAAGUAAGAGAAAGUUGGACAUAUUUCACAUUGCAGUAAGAAAUGAAAAUUUGAAAAGAGAGAAUAUGUCAGACAAAUAUCAUGUUGCAAAUCUGGCAUAUUUCCACAAACAUAUUGGAAAAUGAGCUUUAUACUUCACUUCAGCAGCUUCUCAAAACGCUUUGGCAUUCCUUCAGUGAGUUUACUGUUUUUCCAGAUCAAUUUAAACCGUUUAUCAUCUUCUCCAACCGGCAUGAGAUUCGACGGAUCGAUCUUCACAAAGGAGAGUUCAGUGUGUUAGUGCCAGGCCUGAGAAACACCAUCGCCCUCGACUUUCACCUGAACGAGAGCUCGCUCUACUGGACAGACGUUGUUGAAGACAAGAUUUACCGCGGGAAACUGUCCGAGAAUGGCGCACUGACCAGUUUUGACGUGGUAAUCCAGUAUGGUUUAGCGACUCCAGAGGGUCUGGCUGUUGACUGGAUUGCUGGAAACAUCUACUGGGUGGAGAGUAAUCUGGAUCAGAUUGAGGUGGCUAAACUGGACGGGACAAUGCGUACCACUCUACUGGCAGGAGAUGUGGAGCACCCCCGAGCCAUCGCCCUCGACCCCAGAGAAGGGUAA